AUGUUGUUUGCUAAGUUGAACCAGUUGGUUAGGGACAUUAAACCCUUGGACGUUGAAAGAACUUUUUUCACUACAGAGGUUAUUGACAAUUGGGAAACUAAACAUGAAGAGCUGUGCAAUCAGUAUCUUGGUUUUGAUGGUGUUGAAGAGAAGUCUCGUUGGCUUAAGUCUAUCUUCGUAGAAUGUUUUAGACUUUAUUACCAAGAAAAUGAAGACCAUUUUUUAACUGCUGAACAGAUAUCCAAAUUUGUUACUAGAUUAGUUGAAGUCUCGAAAGAUUCUGGUAGGAUAGGUAAGAUGUUUAUUGCUUCUUCUUCUACUUCAAACGAUGAAGAGGUUUCAAAAUUAAUCAGUUUGAUGAAAUUGAUAUCGUCUAUUGAAGAAGAAAUGUAUAAAUAUAGUUGGGUUAGUGGGAAAAUAAUGGUAAAAGACCAAAAGUCUAUCCUGAAACAUAGACUAAAGAAAUAUAAAUAUGAAGUUAAAAAACAUAAUUUGUUCUUUGAAUGCAGUGUUGGUUAUUCUCAAUUGGUCUCUUUACUUUUAAUGGCAUAUAACGAUAAUAAUAACCUACAAAAAAUCACAUUUUAUAUUGAUGAAGUUUAUCAUAUUUCAGGUAAAUACUCUUUGGAUUCUAUGCGUGUUUUAGAUACCAUAUUGAGAGUUUCAAGUAAUUUCAUAACUGAUGGUUACACUUUUUUAGUUGAAUUCCUAAAGGCAUCGGAUUUCUGGCCAAAGAAUAAUAGUCUGGCGGAUAAUUCAAAUUACGUUGGUUUAAAGAAAGGUGGUAACUUAAUUGCUUCGAAUAUAAUCCAAUUUUAUUUGAAUUCUGAUUUACAAGAUGAAGAAUAUUUGAAAUAUGUAGAUAUGUGUUGUAUUCUUAUCAUUAACGGAUUCGUCAAUUUCUCAUCUAUAUGGGAAAAUUUAAAACCUUCUGAUUCCUCAUUAGAAGAAUAUUUUACAGAAUUCGAUAAGGAGUUGGAGGAAGAAUCUUUGAAAGGAAGUUCUAAUCCAUUGGCCUUGGCAGCUGCUUUGACCGCAGACGACGACGAUGAUGAUGAUUCAAACAGCUUUAACAAAGAUUCUAAUAAUAAAAUGAAGGCCAGUCAAGUUAAACCAAAUGCUGAGGACAAUGAAGUAGAUGACUCGACUAAUCAAAUCGAUAAUAAAGGUGUAGAUGAAGAAGAAAAUACAAAGUCAAUCAAAAAAAAGCUAUUCCUAUUACAAAGACUUCUUGCCCAUGGAUGCACUGUGCCUGUUUUCUACAUCUUAGAGAGAUAUCCAAAAUUCAUGUUUAUUGAAGAUACAACGGCAAAACUAGUAACAAGGGUAUUUUCUUACAAGCUAGAUGAUUUUUAUCAUGAAUUUUGUAUUCCACACUUACAUGAUAUUUCUGAUCCUCUAGAUAUUCCAUGUGUUGAAAAUGGUAAUUUAUCAGUGAAAAAACAAUUAAUGAUUGAAAGAGAAACACAUAAUCCUUUUGUUGGUAUAUCUUUGCAAACCAAAUUUAAAUUUUAUUAUUCUGACUGGAGUAAAGAGUUUACAAAAAUUGAUUCAAUUGAUACAUUGAUAUCCAAAUCCCACAAGUAUUUUCAUUAUUUGGGACCAUAUCUAGCAAAAGAACCUCAGCUAAUUUCAAAAAUUUGUAGAAUUGGUAUUAAGUCUAUUCAAAAUAAUUCUAAAGUUGAAGAGACCAAUUCGGUAGAUAUUUGGGUGGAUUAUUUUAGAAAAUUCAUCUUACCGUGCAUUCCUCUGCUAGAAGUUAAUCCAACGAUAACAACAGAAAUAUAUGAACUCAUGAAAUUAUUUUCAUUCGAGAAAAGAUAUUUUAUGUUCAACGAAAUGAUCUCGAAAUUAUCACAAGAUAACCUACUUAUAAAAUUAGGUUUUACAAAAGCGGAAAAGGAAGCAAGAAGUACAUUAAAAUCAUUAAGCACAGAUAAUAUUGAAUUUGAAGCUAUUAACUUUGCAAACUUGAUUUCUACUAAUCCGAUUGCAACACUUCUACCUACAGUUAAACAAAUUGAAAAUUACGAUAAAGUAUCUGAAUUGGUUAUAUAUUCUGCCAAAUAUUUCAAUAAUUUUGCCUACGAUGUUCUACAAUAUAUCUUAUUGUUGCGUUUGACUGACGGGAGAAGUGCAGUUCAGGCUGAUGGUGUUAACCAAACCAUGUGGGUUUCACGUCUUUCUUCAUUUAUUGCAGGUUUAGCAAAGAGUUGCUCAAAAAUGGAUAUUUCAAAUAUUAUCUGUUACAUUAAGAAAACCUUACAUCAAGGAAAUGUAAUUGCGAUUUCUAUUUUAAAAGAGUUGAUUUCUACUAUCAGUGGCAUUAAGGACUUGAACGAAAUUAAUAUUAAGCAAUUGUUAGCGUUGAAUUCUGGUGAACAACUGCAGAUAAUGGCAAGACGUUUGAUUUAUGACCUUCGAGAUGAUAACAAAGAACAAGCCUCUAAGUUGGUGGAGCUUCUAGUACAAGAUAAUGGUGUAUCUGAAGUUUUGCUUUUACUUUACAACAUGAUUGUAGAAUCAAAUAUAGUUGGCUUCCAUUAUAAAAUUCUGUCUACAAGGUCAGAUGAAUUGAACAGUUUACUUUUCUCCUUCAUAGAACUAGUGAAAUUCUGCAUGGAUAAAGAUAGCUAUAUCAAACAUGUGAUAUCCUUUCAAAAGUUGGUAAAUAAUUAUAAUGUAUCUAUCCCAUGGGCCUUCCACAUUUGGCGAGAUUACAUUGGUGUGGUUGGUGGCAUUAAUGUUCAUUUGGAAGGUGAUAAAAUGGAAGGUGAUUCCUUAGAAUUGUCAUAUAAAGAAGUUAAUUUUAAAGGUGAAAAUAUUUCUGAUAUCAGCCAAGAUUUCUUCGUACAUUUUUGGAUCUUUUCAUUAUAUGAUAUCCAAUAUGAUGAAAAUCUUUAUGAUGAAAAUAAAAACAGCUUGGAAACAGAAAUUGGAAGGUUGGCUUCUGCAAGGAAAAAGAAUGAGUUGUUGAAACAAGUCAAAGAAAUUACAGAUGAUUACUUAUUGCAUGAAAAGCGAGUUCGUAACACAUUGAGUGUAUUAGAAGAAAAAUCCAGUCAUUGGAUUGAACAAUCCACUAAAAGUGAUCAAAUUUUGUUCUUUCAACAUUGUAUAAUCCCAAGAGCCUUGUUCUCUCCAGUCGAUGCACUGUACUCAGCUUACUUUCUAUGUUCUGCAUUUAAAGAUGAAACCUUGGAUCAUAUUUGUCACCUCCUUGUUGAUUCCAAAGUUUUAAGUACUCUUCUAUUCACAUGUACUAGUUUGGAAGCAUGUAACUUCGGUAUUUUUUUCUCAAAACUGUUAUCAUAUUUGGAAGAAUCGAGACUACUUUUGGAAACAGAUGAUGAAAAGAAUAGAAAAUAUUUUAUGCUAUUUGAGUCGAUAACUAACCAAAUAUUGGAUACCUUGUUAGAAAAGAACUAUAUGUCCAUUAGAAAUGGAAUUGAGUUUAUGAAACAUAUUUCUAAAGUAUUCCCAAUUGUUGAUACUCAUAUAAGGGUUGUGAUAUUAACUUUAGAAAAUAAUUUGGUUGGGGAAGAAAGAGAGGAUAUUAAAUUACCUACCAAUGCUUUAAUUGGACACUUGAAGGCUAGAUUAAAAAAUGCACUGAAACAAUCUGAAUUCUGUGAAUUAAAUGAAGACGAAAUCAGAGAGCAACAUCAGUUUGAACUUGAACUAGCUGAAAUUGAGAAGCAUAGAUGUAUGAUAGAAAUCGAUCAGAAGAAAGAAAAGUUGAGAAAGCAAAUUGAAGAGAGUAGGAAAAAACGUGCUGCUGACACUUUAUCCAAGGAUAACAAGGAAGCUACACCUACUAGUUCACAACGUAAAAUUGUCGAUAUACCAACUGGACCAUCUUCUUCGAAUAUUAAAGGAAUACCGACUGCACCUGCUGCCUUAAAAUCGAAUACUUCUGUUCUGAUUGGAAACCCAAAUCAAAGUAACCAAUCUUCUGUUAAUCGAGAUAUAACUUCAUCCCCAGCAGCCUCGACUGUUUCUUCUUCAACGCUAAAAUCAUCAAAAUUAUAUCCAUUAUUAAGAGAGAAUAUAAAUGCUGUUUCAUCUUCCUCAAAUUGGACAAUGCCUCAGGUUUUAAAAUUGAUGAAGGAAGUUAUCUAUAAUUUAAGUGUUAAUAAUUUAAACAGGGUUAUGACAUUAAUUGAUGAAGAACGGGAAGUAGCAAAGCUCAAAAAGUUUGGUGAGCAAGAACAACCACUUGCAGAUUUUAGGAACAACAUUUACAGAGUUUUACAAGGAUAUUUUAAGCAGAUAGCAGAUGAUCCUCUAAAUGAAGAUUUUAUUCAAAGCCUGCAAGACCUGAAAACCAUCAUGCAAAGAGUGAGUCAAAAAAACAUUAUUAAAUCAAGAGAAUCUAAGUCUGACCAAUCAAGUAGUAUUCAACCUUCAAGUAGAUACAAUUCUAAUCCAAAAAGUGAAAAGCAGCUGGAAGUGUCUCAAAAUCAACGCAAUAGCACUGAUAAUAAAUUCGGCUCAACCUCGAAAUAUGGUAAUAGAUAUUAUACCCAGGGAAGUUCAGAAAGGUCACAAGUUAAUAGAAGAAUUAAUUCUAAUGGUAAGUAUUCUGAUAAUAACUACCCUAAACAAGAUAAGGUUGGAUAUGCUACUAAACGUGGCAGGUCUGAUUAUUCUGAUUCUAGAUCACAGUCUAGUUAUGAUAAUAGCGUUAGGAAGCCAAAUGAUCAUGGAAAUGAUGAUAGGUCUAACAAACGUUUAAGAAGAGAUGAUAAUCGUAAUGAUGGAAGUAGACAAGACUAUAGACAAAGUAGAGAAAACCAAUUAAAGGAUGUGGGCCGUUCAAGGUUUGGUGAUCAAAAGAAGGAGAAAUCAUCGUGGUUGCCACAAGGUCCAAAGAACUCUGGUGGACAAAGCAGGUAUAAUAAAUGA